AUGCAUUCAAACUUUUGCAAGAAUAUUGCUGUUGAUAGGAGAGCAGGUCCAAUUGCAUCUUUAGCUGUAGCUGGUCCAAUCAGUAGCUCAUCAUCAUCAUCAUCCAGUCGAUUCGUUGAAAUUCCAGUGGAAUGGGAUGGAACUCAACUUGAAGAGUUGGGAGCAAAACCACAAUCCAAGAAAUCGGAAAGAGCGAAAAGAAGUGUUGAUGUUAACCGAUACUUACUAUACACCAGACAAAAUCCAGAUUCUGCGCAGCGGUUGGAGCUUGAUGAUGAGGACUCAGUUUUGUCUUCCAACUUCGAACCAAAUGACCCAACAGCUGUGCUUAUACACGGGUUUCAAGGUCAACCAAGCCAGGGCCUCGGAUCUUUGGUGACCAAAGCUCUCUUACAAAAGAGAAACACCAACGGCAUAGUCGUAGACUGGAGGUGGCUGUCCAGUCUUGACUACGUCACAGCAGUAGUGUCAGUGCCAUCAGUCGGGAGACAUAUUGGUCAAUUCUUGGAUUUCCUGAAUGCAUUGACGGGAACACCUUUUAGUUCUGUGCACCUGAUUGGACAUAGCUUGGGAGCUCAUGUGGCUGGAAACGCUGGAAAGGAGCUGGAAGGAAGAGUUGCAAGAAUCACUGGCUUAGACCCAGCUGGCCCACUAUGGGGUCUCAACCCUUACCGCCUAAAGCCAUCCGACGCAGUAUACGUAGAAGCUAUACACACCGACCUUGGAACGUUUGGUACAUCAGAGAACGCAGCUGAUGCAGACUUCUACCCUAACGGAGGUUCUAAGCAACCAGGAUGCUUCACUGCUUUAUGCGAUCAUAGCAGGUCCUAUGAGCUGUUUGCAGCUUCUAUCAAUAAUGAUAAUUUAGUUGGAAAGAAAUGUUCGGGACUGACUCAAAUGAAACUGGAUUCUUGUAGAGGAAGCGAGCUGCCUUUGGGCAAUGAUGAUUUGCAGAAGACUGGGUGA